AAAUUAUUUUUUAUGCCCGAAAAAGAAAAAAAGAAAAAAGACGAAUACGGAGCCGAAAGCAUUCAAGUUUUAGAAAAUAUUGAAGCAGUUCGGAAAAGACCGGGAAUGUACAUUGGUUCCACCGACGAACAAGGCUGA